AACAGAAAUUGACAAUGACCAAUGCGUGUUACUGUUCAUAAAUUCUAAUUUAAUAAUAAAGUUGCCGGAUAUUAUAGAACCGUUUUAUCUACAUGUGUAGUUAUUAUUUCGAUUGCCUAGUAAAAUAAAUCUAUGGCUUCAGUUAAAUAGUUCCGAUGGAUGAGGAUAUUCUAAUUGAUAACAAAACUGGUUUUUAUGGUGAAGAUUUUCUAGAUGAGCUCCUAUCAAAGGACUACUGGCCUUCAUUACUGGAUGGAGCAGAUGCAUCGCCCAGUGAAAUUCUAGCAGAUGCAGCUCCAGUUCUUGUACCACCUAUAUCACCUGUGUUGAGUUUAAAUUCAUCUCAGAGCAGCGGUAAUUGCGAUUCUGGCAGUGACGAUGACUCUAAAAAUGGUUCGAAUACAUCAACAAGACAAUCAUCGAAUUCACCCUGUGACUGGAUGUUAAAUUUGGAUCAGGAGCCUACAAGCAACCUGAAACUUGAAGACGUGGAACUAUUUUUACAUAAAACAGGUCCAUCAAAUGUACAGCCAAAAGGCUACAUACAAGAUGCAGUUCACAAAGAAAAAAGGCCUGUCAUGUCGAUUGAAAACGGUGUUAUCAAGGGUAUCAAGACUGAGAUUGAAAGCAGCGAUACAAAAGUAACGUGCCCUAUGACACACAAAGGAAAUGGUUAUGUUCAAAAUGCAUAUUUUAAAGUUGUAAACGAAAAUACAUCAUCAUGUAUUUUUGUUAAAGACGAAAACCAAAUCAAAUUAAAUGAUCAAAUUAAGUUAGUUGUUCAACAAAAAAAUUCCAAACAUGAGAGAUCUUUGAGUGUCAUUCCAUCACAUUUAGUGCCAUCAGAGAAAAAUGCUAAAAUUGCCUUAAUACCAAUACCACAGACUAAGCUUAACGAUAAGAAUGGACAUUCCAUUAAGGCAGUGUCUCCAAGAAGUAAUACUUCGAUCGUGAUAAAUACAGAUCUUCCCUUAAGUGAUAAUGGAUACGAAACAAAAGUACAAAACGGGACGAUAUGUACGACAGAACCAACGAAUCCCAGUUUCGACGGUAUUGAUCUCUCUAGUUUAACUGCAAAUGAAAUAAGGGCAUUGAAAAAACAACAACGGAUGAUAAAAAAUCGCGAAUCAGCUUGUCAGUCACGACAAAAGAAGAAAGAAUAUGUGACUGCGCUGGAACAACAAUUACUGGAAGCACAUCAGGAGAUAGCAAGUCUACGACUCGAAAAUAAGUUGUUGAGGGAUCAACUCGACAGCAACGUAAGAAGUCGGAAGUUACCACGCCUCGAUCCGUCGAUAUUAAUACCUAAAAAGAACAUAGCUGUUAUCUUUGCUAUGGUUUUUAUGGUUUCACUGAACUGGAAUGUCCUUGGGUGGAACUCAAAGCCAUUCCUGAAACCGUCCCCAGAACGACAAAGCACGAGACAUUUACUAUGGGCUGAUGAGAGCAGUGUGGAAUUAGCUGAAAGUGAUCAAAUAACAAAUAGCAGUUACGAUUGCCAAAACAUGACAAAUCCUCUCGAUUCUAUAUAUGUAAACCAAACUGAGAGUAUUAGGAUAGCCGGAGACCUGAGUCGUUGGAUUAGAGGAGGCAAGACUUUGAAUUGGACCGAAAACAAGUUUCGACGAAAAAGAAGCGCAUAUAUUAGUGAAGAAAAAAUUAAUGGUGGUAUUUUAGAAACAUACAAACUCUUUAACAAAUUAAAUUUGGAAGCGAACAAUAUCGAUUUUCAAAACACAAGAAAUCAGGUGCGUAACAUCCGUGAUAAGUCGCGACUGCGACGCCUUAGGCGGAAUAAUAAAGACAUUGAUUUCCCCGAGAGUUCUGUGAUCGACUACGACCUGUACACAAAACCAAUGAGAAAAUCUAUGAACGAUAUUAACAUGGAGGACUUCGGAGAAUGGAACACUCUGCUGCAGGCCCUGGACAGGCGCGACGACACCUUUUAUGUGGUCGGAGUUGGGAAGGGCGAACACCUGCUGCUGCCUGCCGUCUCGCAUAAUGUCACUCGUCCUCCUAAAAUGGCACUCAUACUUCCUGCACGAAAUGGAAAUGAUUCCAUAUUGAACGACCACGUGAUGUUGAUGCAAAUAGAUUGUUCUGUAUUGAAUACAACACUGGUGAAGCUCAGGUCGGACGCGCUUCCGGAAAGUUUAAGGAAAACUCAAACAAAUGAUAAAGUACGCAGUGACAAGUUCGAUAUUAAAAAAGUGAAUAAAGAAACAAUUGAUGCUAGUCUCUCUAAAGUUCUACAAAAUGCCAGCAAUAAUCUGCCUAAUAACAUAAUUAAGAGAAAUAAAAUUUCUACUAACCUAGAUUAUGACAUGAUGUCGAAUUACUUAAUGUCUAAGGAAGACCCUAAACCAACUAAUAAGGUCCAAAAGGUCCAGUAUACAGAAUCGAACAACGUCACUGUUAGUCCAUGAAAAGUUUAUGUAAUAUAGUUGAGUUAUUAAAAAAACAUAGAGGUUUAAUAAGCCCAUUUUCGUAAUGCAAUAAAAAUUGGUGUACCAUAUUUUUAAAAGUCAAUGUAGGACGAGAUAUAUAAUAUUUGCUAUUAAUUUCAUGGUUAAGGUUGACGUAUUUCACAUGCAUUCAAAAAUAAUAUUGUUAAAUAAUAACAUUAAAAGAUGAACAUAUAUUAGUUGUAGUAUAUAUUAUAGUUUUGCAAUAAAUUUCAUUUAUUUAGUAGGAAAUUCACAAAAUUGUUAUUGAAAUUGUACUAUUGUGUUGUUAAUUAUUCUUUAAUACCUCUACCGUUGAUCACGGCGUUGGCAAGAGUAUGACGAAUUUUCAAAAUUGGGAAUUCGUCCAAAGCCUAUUUCACAAAUUUAGUGUUACUUCUAAUUACUUUAGCUUUGUACUGUCAGUGAUAGCUGGUAGUCAUUGGAGUUCCUAAAGAAUCUAAAAAUGUUAUGUUAAGUAUCUGUUAAUUAUAUCACCAAGUAUUACAAAUUUGAAUUAUUUUGAUUCUAUAUUCUAUGAAAAUUGUAUCGCUUAAAGUUAAAUUUUUAAUACAUGUCUAAACAACGAGAAAAUCUCAUUUUUAUUCCAAGAUAGCUGCAGUCCAUUUGUGUAAAAAAAAAAGAUA